GCACCAGCCCGGCUGUAAGACGAUCCGAUCCGGCCGGCCGGCAGCCGCGGGCACACACUCGCAUUCCUGUCAAGUCGCUGGGAGCGCGUGGAUGUGCAGCCGGAGCCCCUGAGCGGCGGAGCUGCAGCACCUGGAGCACGCGAUGGAGAACUACACGCAGUGGCUGCAGAAGCUUGAGAAUUACAUUGUGGAAAAUAUGAAGUCGGAGAUGGCACAGAUACAGCAGAACGCAGUUCAGAACCACACGGCCACCAUGCUGGAGAUUGGGACCAGCCUUCUGACACAGACUGCAGAGCAGACCCGGAAGCUGACGGACGUGGAGACCCAGGUACUAAACCAGACUUCUCGACUUGAAAUACAACUGCUGGAGAAUUCAUUGUCAACGUACAAACUAGAGAAGCAGCUUCUUCAACAGACAAAUGAAAUUCUAAAAAUUCAUGAAAAAAACAGUUUGUUAGAACAUAAAAUCUUAGAAAUGGAGGGAAAGCACAAGGAGGAGUUGGAUACCUUAAAGGAAGAGAAAGAGAACCUUCAAGGCCUGGUUUCUCGCCAGUCGUACAUAAUCCAGGAGCUGGAGAAGCAGCUGAGCAGAGCGACCAGCAACAACAGUCUGCUCCAGAAGCAGCAGCUGGAACUGAUGGACACAGUGCACAGCCUCGUCAGCCUUUGCAGUAAAGAAGGUGUUUUGCUAAAGGGAGGAAAAAGAGAGGAAGAGAAACCAUUUAGAGACUGUGCAGAUGUAUAUCAAGCUGGUUUUAAUAAAAGUGGAAUCUACACUAUUUAUAUUAAUAAUAUGCCAGAACCCAAAAAGGUAUUUUGCAAUAUGGAUGUGAACGGGGGAGGCUGGACUGUCAUUCAGCACCGUGAAGAUGGGAGUCUAGAUUUUCAGAGAGGCUGGAAGGAGUAUAAAAUGGGCUUCGGGAACCCGUCUGGGGAGUACUGGCUGGGGAAUGAGUUCAUCUUUGCUAUCACCAGCCACAAGCAGUACACGCUGAGGAUCGAGCUGCUGGACUGGGAGGGCAACCGCGCCCACUCGCAGUACGACAGGUUCCACAUAGGCAAUGAAAAGCAGAACUACAGGUUGUAUCUGAAAGGCCACUCAGGGACUGCGGGAAAGCAGAGCAGCCUGGUCCUGCACGGCGCUGACUUCAGCACAAAAGACGCGGACCACGACAACUGCAUGUGCAAAUGCGCGCUCAUGCUGACGGGAGGCUGGUGGUUUGACGCCUGCGGCCCCUCCAAUCUGAACGGGAUGUUCUACACUGCAGGGCAGAACCACGGGAAGCUGAACGGUAUCAAGUGGCACUACUUCAAGGGCCCCAGCUACUCCUUGCGCUCCACCACUAUGAUGAUUCGGCCUUUGGACUUCUGAAAGCACCGUGCCGGAAGUCAGCGUCAGAGCAGCCGGGAGGAGGAGCUUCCGGCUGAGAGAUUGAUUGAAAGCUUCUACACCAGCAACACUGACUCUCUCCAGCGGCAAGUGGUAGCUGCAGGACACUGAGAAGGUUCUGGGCUGUGCCCUGGGGCCUCUGGGCUCACGAAGUCUCUUCCCGGUCACACCGGGCCACUCACUGUCGCGGCUUAGGAAGUGGGGAAGCUGCCUGGCUGUGCCUCGCACCGCUGCCGGAUCGCACCGCAAAGCUUGACGGCAGGUGAUGAACAGGCCUGCAGAAUGGAAGCAGGCCUGCCAUCGCCCUUUGGGAACGAGUGGUGUCAUCUCUAUGCAAACCUGCUGACAGAUGAUAGUAUAUACUCUUGCACAAUUGUGAUAAAAGUUCAAAAAGAAUGGCAUCUUCUGCGUUGUUAAAUGUUGGUUCCAGUACCGUACUGCUGAGCUGAUUUCAGUUAACCCAUCUUUAAACGUAAAUUCCAUUCUGUAAGCCAUAACAAAUUGCAAUGUGUGGGGAAGAGCAGUACACAGCAGACACGCACCACAGCUCUGCGACCUUUUCAGAGGUGUUUUCAGAAAGAGGUGGACAGGACCAUGGUCAGACAGAACACGUGAAAGAUUAAGUUCCUCUCCCAUGCUACAACUUCCAUUUACUUUAAAAACUGACUGACUGAUAUGCAGAUAUAUUUAUAGCCUGAAUAAAGUUUAAAGAAUGUGAAAUAUAUCAUCAAGUUCUUAAAAUAUUAUACACAUGUUUAAUAUUUCCUUUGCUAAUAUACAGGAAAGCAGUACUUGGAGUCUGUUAGGUCAAAGCAAAACCGAGUGAACCAGAGCGGAUGAUUUCACCAUGUCCCUUGUAUGUGGAUACGGAUGUGGGACUUCAUUACCUUAAAUGCAUUUCACAUCUUCAGUUCUUCAUCUUGUUAGUCCAUGCGAAUUUAAUUUUUUUGCCAAUUAACUGAAUGACACAUGCUUAUCAGGUUCACCUUGUUUCAGCUUCUAUACAAGACACAUCUGGAAGCCUGCAGAAAAUAGCAUACCACUGUACAUAGCAUGCUGAUAUCCACUCUCCACUGAAUAGCUGCUUAAUCUGCAGCACCAUGUUGUCUUUGAUUGAUACAUACACACACAAGUGUUCAACGAAGUCUCCUGCACCACUCAGUUAAAUACAUUGCUCUUUGUGUUUUCCUCCUCCUGGCUAUCUCUUUAGAUUCUAUUUUUUAACAUUAAUAUCCGUGGAGAAAAUUGGCACAACUCUCAGCAUUAUACGUAAAAGGUAAUCACAAAAAUCAAGAUUGGUUAACUAUGAAAAUUCAAACUACCAGCUGCUAUAACUCUUCCAAUGACAAUAUUCCCAUGGGAUAAUCUAUUGGAAGUGAAUUUUGGGGCACAGCUUUUUGUGGUGGUUUUAAGUUGUACAGCAUCUCAUGAAGAAGGGCUUUCUGUAUGCAAGUGUCCACGGUUACAGGAGUGAACAUUUCAAAAUCAAAAUGUGAACUAUUGCAAAAUGAGAAAAUGGAAGUAAAUGUCGGGUCUCCUUUCUUAGAAAAGGAAAAGGUUUCUUCAAGGUAAUAGUACCAAAACUUCAGGCUUCAUGAGUUCAUUAUUCUUCAGAGGCUUUACACCAUGUGGGAGAAUCAAGCUCUUUGCAUUUUUAAGAGAAAAGUUUUAAAAUUUACCAUUAAGUAUUUUUAUAUUUAUAUGUGUAUACAAUCCUUUUCUUUGCCUUAGAAGUGAUAUUUGCAGAUGUUACAGUUUUCUAUUUUUAGUGGCUGUUUGAUAGCACCAUUAAAAGUCACUCCCUCCCCCAGAGAUUUUUAGUCCUUCUUUGCUUUCAGUUAAGUGAAAGAAAAUGAGUAUUUUGUUAUUUUGUGUCACAGAUUUUCCUUCCUUCCGCUCUCUGUUCUUUGCUUCCUUGCUUCCUUCAUUUUUUUCUCUAUUACUCUCCUAAACUUUCUUUUAAAUGAACGUACAGAACCAUUUAU